AUGGGGAAAGCCACUGAGGUGGACAUCAAGUCACUGAAGCUGGCCGAAGUACUGCUGGGGAUGUUUGGUGGCAUCGAGGACAUCUGGCUGACCAAAGCCCACAGAGACUCGGCCAGCGGCUCCAGGAUCCAAGAGGUCAAGGCCACGCCCGACAAGGACUUUAUUGAAAUUUCACUGCUCGCACACGGCAUCAUCAAGUGUGGCCUCCUUCAAGCCCUCAUCCAGACCUGGGACGAGGUCUUCAUGAGCCACAGGCGCUGCAAUUCAGCGGGCGCAAAUACCACGAGACUUUAA